AUGGCCUAUCUGUCCAGCUCCAACUGCUCGUCGUCGCAGCUGCAGAGCGCGCCCUACGACGCCUGCCCCUACGCGCCCGACAUGCUGCCCGCCGCCGAGCGCCGCCGCCGCGCGCGCCGCCCCGGGCCCAAGAGACCAAGCUAUAAGCCCACGGAACAGGGUCCUGGUUUCUGGGCCCAACGGGCUAGGCCGCCGGCUGAACCCAACAGAAUCUUGGAAGAAUUCGAGAUCUUGGAAGGUUCUAAGUUCCAGACUGACUGGAACUGCCCGCCAGCGAGCGCCGCCGCCGCCACCCCGGACCCAAGCCCGAGACCAAACUAUAACUCCAACUACUCGUCGUCGCAGCUGCAGAGCACGCCCUACGACGCCUGCCCCUACGCGCCCGAUAUGCUGCCCGCCCGAGACCAAGCUGUAGCUGGACCACCCAGGGCAUAUCUCUCCAGCUCCAACUACACGUCGUCGCAGUUACAAAGCGCGCCCUACGACGCCUGCCCCUACGCGCCCGACAUGCUGCCCGCCGCCGAGCGCCGCCGCCGCGCGCGCCGCCCCGGGCCCAACUCCAACUGCUCGUCGUCGCAGUUACAAAGCGCGCCCUACGACGCCUGCCCCUACGCGCCCGACAUGCUGCCCGCCGCCGAGCGCCGCCGCCGCGCGCGCCGCCCCGGGCCCAAGCCCGAGACCAAACUAUAA